AUCGUUGGCGUAAUUGAGUGUAAAUGUGAAUCACGUGUCAACCGAUUGCGUGCAUUGUUUUGUCACAUGAAUUGGCGCUUAUAUUGCAAGACAUUCAAGAGCUGAUCCCAUGAAGUCAUGUCUGAACUACAGUUGUCACAGUCUGUACUCAAAUGUCGACCGUUUGUCUGCGCACUCAAAAGCACUUACAAGUCAUUGCGUUGCGAUUAUUGCUUUCAAAAUCUACCAAUUGAUCAGACAAUUCGUUGCGAAAGAUGUGUAAAGAUGUGGUACUGCAGUGAUACGUGUUGUAUCAAUGACUCAAUUGGUCAUAGCUUUGAAUGUGAUGUCGACUAUGAUUUGAUCCAAAUUAUCACCGAUCAGUUCAGUUGUUUAGAUAUUCGCGAUGAGUCUGAUUGGUGUAAAUUUAGAGAUCCCGAUGAAUGGUUAACACAUACACUACUUUUAUUACGUGUUUUGUUUCGAAUGAAAGCUGAUCCCAAUUGUACGACAAUUGAUUACCAAUUACCGAACGGUUCGACUGUAUGUUACGAUCAGAUAAACGCUCCGUUAUGUGAACACAUGCACAGAGUUUACGAUGAGGAAGACAUGAGUGACAAAGACAACAAUCUAAAGAUAGAGCUGAUCGAUGAGAUCACCUAUAACUUUGGCGCAUGGCUUCAGGUUGUUAAACAAAUAUUGGAUUUGAAUUGUAUUCAAACAAAAUUAGGUGUAAUUACUGAAGAGGUUUUGAUGCGGACCUUUCGUAUUAUAAUUGGUUAUACGUUAUACGUUUGUGACUCGACUUUUCUCAAUGAUAUCGGCAAAGCCUUGUAUAUAGAGAUGUGUUUUAUUACGCAUUCAUGUAUUCCCAACUGUUGUCCACUCUUUGACGGAUCAAAUUGUUUGGAUCUUAGAAUUAUCAGUGAAGGAGUAACCAAUUUUUCUCAACUCAGAUAUGAUUAUCAAAUUGAAAUGACUGGUUAUCCGGCACUCGAUUUGUUUGAAUCACUGAUUAUGCGUAACAUUGAUUGCAAGUGUAUUAAGUGUUGUAAUCCACAGAUUAAAGAGUUAUCAAUUAAUUAUAACAAGAAUGUGUUGAAUGCUAAUCUCAAAUAUGGCAAUUGGCCGCCUCUUGAUUACUGCCAAUCAAUGUAUGAACCCAUUGAAGACGCUCUGGAAAGUUAUGACAAACUCUAUGGAAAACAUCAUCCAAUGAUUACUGCAAUGUUAUUAUGGAAAAUAAGAAUUGAAUGGUUUAUGAUUAACUGUGAAGAAGACAAAGAUAUCACUAAAGAAGAUUUGUUUUCAACUUAUUAUAAACUUAGGAAAUCAAUGUCAGCCACUCAUGGAUUGGAUCAUAUUUGGUCUAUAAAAUUGAGAUCAAUUGAUAAACCAUUUCAGCAAUUAAUGUCUGAUCCAAAUGCCAUCAAUACUAGCUCUGAAUACUAUGAUAUUAUUGAUAAUACAAUUGAACAGAUAAUACCUCGCGCAGUAAUUAAUAGCAAACUAUCAUAA